AUGUGGUCGUAUAUUUUGUUGUGUCUCAUUUGUUUCGUCGAUUCCUACAAGAUCCUGCAGAUUGUUCCGGGAUUCACAAACAGUCAUGUCCUGUUCAAUUACCGUCUGGCGAACUUGUUAAAAGAGCAGAACAACUCUGUUCAACUAUGGACCCAGAUGGAGAUGGGAAUGGUUGUGGCUGGCAGUCUGAAGUUGCCAAAGGGGGUCAACGAAUUUCGUAUACCUAUUCAUUUCACAAACUCUUUGAAGGCCGAAGGAUUGAAGGUAAAUUUGAUUUUUUUUGUGUUAUGAAUAAUACCUGUAGUUAAAGUAAAAAAAGAUAAAGUUUCAUUUUCUAUCACAUAUGCAUCACUAAUCAGUACUAGGCAUAGUUUAUAUUAAUAACAUUUAAUCACUUUAAAGGUGUUCCAACACAUGAUGUUUGAAGCCGGCACCACUUACGAUCUAUUCUGGACAGGUAAAGAAUUCAAAGAAAUGAGGUUGGAAUCUUGUGAGCAGAUGUUGGCUACAGAGCCUCCGGUAGUAAACUCUUUUGUCGACCAGAAAUAUGAUCUUUCGAUAGGUCAUUUCCAUGAUUUGUGUCCGAUUGCGUUAUCGAAACUAGCCGAAGUAAAAGAAGUAAGUAAACACAAUAAUUGGGUAACCAUGAUUAGUAAUUUUAGUAGUUUAGUAAUCGUAUUUCAUUUGUUUACUAUUUUGUAAUUAGACUUUGUAGCCUUAUAUUAAUACAUAAUUUUUGGUACUUUACUUUGGCUCUUGCUACAUUACAAUGUUGUUUUACAUUUUUAUUAUUCUAGCUUAUUUGGAUAACACAUGGCACGUCAUUAUAUGAUUACACAGCAGUACAAGCAGGACUACGAACCUUUCCUUCGUAUGUUCCUCAUCCCUUAUCAUCUUACAGCGAUAGGAUGACAUUUAUCGAGAGAGUAAUCAACGUUUUGUGGCAUUUGGGAGGUUUGGAUUUCGUGAAUCUGCCGCAGAAUCUUCUUUACGAUGAAAAUGAAAUGUACAAGAAGUGUAAGUUAUGUUACUUUUUUAUAUAAAACUUAUAGCUCCUUAGGGCUGUGUAAAAUGUUAAUAUUUUAAAAAUUGAAUAUAUUUUGGCGAUUUUAAAUCAAUUUUAUUAUUAGCAAUUGUGUUGCAGACUUCAAAGAAAGCGGUUCUGCUGACUUGUGGGACCUCAGUCACAAGAUUCGAGUGAUUCUGAUCAACGGUGAGAGAUUCCUCGACUUCCCUCGCCCGUUACCUCAUGGAAUCCAAUUUAUUGGCUCAGUCAGUAAACCUACUUUACAUUCCCUGCUACCCGAUGAAGUACAACAAAUAGUGUUGUCAGCCAAGAAGCUGGCCAUCUUCUCGUUAGGAACCGUGUCUAAUACGACCAACAUGCCUGCUCAGAUGAUACACUCGUUUGUAGAAGCCUUUGGUCGCUUCCCCGAGAUAACGUUCUUGUGGAGAAUGGAAAUGGACGUUCCGGAAGCCCGCAAGUACAGUAAUAUCAAGCUGCUCAAAUGGCUUCCCCAGAAAGAACUCAUGUGUAAGUGCAUUCAAACUUCGAAAAUCUCAUUCAAAAAUAGGCCACGCUGUUUUACUUUCGUGAAAGUAAAGCUCAGGAUUACAGUAUUGCGUGCCACAAAAGUAAUUUUGACAAUAAUGUUUUUAGCUCACCCAAAAACCAUUCUACUAAUCGCUCACGGAGGCUACAACAGUUUCCUAGAAGCCUCUCAGGCAGGUGUACCGAUCGUCUUGAUGCCCUUGUUUGCUGACCAAUUCAUCAACGCCAAAAGGUCAGAUCGUUUCGGAAUAUCGACAGUGCUAGAUAAACUGUCACUCACCCCCAACAAAGUGGCUACAGCCAUCUCCACCAUCGUUAACGACCCCAGAUACCACCGUAGAGCCAUGAAGCUGGCUGCCAUGCUGAAAGAGAAACCCGCUUCUGACUUCGGAUUCACGAUCAAACAUGCCCUCAGGACCUCACAGUUCACGCGAGAUCACUUUGCUUUAAAGGCCGCCCAGGCCUUGAAUUUCGUCCAAUACUUCAACUUGGAUGUAUAUUUAUCGUUAUUGCUACCGGCUUUAUGUAUUUCAUAUUAA